AUGGGUAUUCUAAAACCCUUGAAAUUACCAAUUACCUGCAAUCCGGUUUCCUCAAUGAAAGGAAAGAAUAUCCAAGCCGCCAUUGCUUACAUGUUUUGUGCGGUCUAUAUAUAUGUCUGUGUUUUUAUUGCAGUUCUGUUGAUAAUAUUCAACAAAGCAGUUCUUUCCUCUUUUAACUUCCCCUAUGCAAAUGUGAUCACAUUAUUUCAGAUAACAUGUUCAUGUUUUCUUCUCUAUGUGAUGCGAUUUUGGAAGAUCAUCUCCUUUUCAAAUAAUGAUGAAGAAUCAAACACAAUUCUACUUGUGCCUUUCAAGUCACUACUUCAUACUAUUCCUCUAGCAUCAUCUUAUUUACUUUACAUGUUAGCAUCUAUGGAAUCUGUCCGAGGAAUAAGCAUUCCGAUGUAUACCGCCCUUAGGCGGACAACCAUCGCCCUUACAAUGGUAGCUGAAUAUCUUUUGGUAGGGAAAAAACAUUCCUACCCGAUUAUAGUUAGUGUCGCGGUUAUAUUGUUGGGAGCAUUUGUAGCCGGAGCUGGAGACUUGUCUUUCGACCUACAAAGUUAUACUAUUGUCUUCAUAUCAAACAUCUGCACUGCUGUAUAUCUUGCUCUUGUAGUUCGAAUUGUAAGAACCACUGGACUUAAUAGCUUUGGCAUUAUGUGGUGCAAUGGACUUAUUUGUGGACCAGUUUUACUAAUAUGGACACUCAUUUGUGGAGACUUAGAAGCUGCAGCGAAAUUCGAUCAGCUAUUUAACCGUGGAUUUCAGGUAGUGAUGAUGUUGUCUUGUAUUAUGGCGUUUAUGUUGAACUAUACAGUGUACCUAAACACAACUCUUAACUCGCCUCUAACGCAGUCGGUUUGUGGUAACUUGAAGGAUUUGUUGACGAUUGGAUUUGGCUGGAUUCUGUUUGGCGGGCUCCCAUUCGACUCGUUGAAUGUGGUGGGACAAUCUAUUGGUUUUCUGGGGGCAUUGUUCUAUGCUUACUGCAAGCUCAAAGGGAAAUAGAUAGUUAAUUAUAAGAUACUUUGAAUGCAUAUGGUCUAUCUAUAGAUAUUUGUUGGAUUUGGAUUUAGAGAAUAAUAAAUUGUAAACUAAGGAAUCAUAUUUCAA